AUGGCAAGCAGUGCAGCACCAAACUUGGAAGAUGUCCCAUCAACGGAUCUCAUGGCUGAGCUCCUUCGUCGCAUGAACUGUUCCACCAAACCCGACAAGCGUCUCAUACUCAUCGGCCCUCCUGGAUCGGGAAAAGGUACUCAAUCACCAAUCAUUAAGGAUGAGUACUGCCUAUGCCACUUGGCUACUGGUGAUAUGUUGAGAGCUGCUGUUGCUGCUAAAACCCCUCUUGGUAUUAAGGCUAAGGAGGCAAUGGAUAAGGGGGAACUUGUUUCAGAUGACUUGGUUGUUGGCAUUAUAGAUGAAGCAAUGAAGAAACCUUCAUGUCAGAAAGGUUUCAUUCUAGAUGGAUUUCCUAGGACUGUGGUCCAAGCACAGAAGCUUGAUGAAAUGCUUCAGCAACAGGGAAGUAAAAUUGAUAAGGUGCUUAAUUUUGCAAUUGAUGAUGCAAUUUUGGAGGAGAGGAUUACGGGUCGCUGGAUCCAUCCUUCAAGUGGUAGAACCUACCAUACGAAAUUUGCACCUCCCAAGGUUCCUGGUGUUGAUGAUGUAACUGGAGAACCUUUGAUUCAACGCAAAGAUGAUACUGCAGCUGUUCUAAAGUCAAGACUGGAGGCAUUUCACAAGCAAACUGAACCAGUUAUUGAUUAUUACAAGAAGAAGGGUGCUGUUGCUGAGCUUCAUGCAGAGAAACCUCCAAAGGAGGUUACAAAUGAAGUAAAGAAAGUGCUUUCCUCGUGA